AUGGAACAUCGCAGUUCGCCGGCCGGGUCUCUGCCCCAGCGAAAGGGCAUCACCACCCCGCAACUCAGUUGUGAGCUCUGUCGCAAGCGCAAGGUUAAAUGCGACAAGCUCAACCCGUGUACCAACUGUACUACUAUGGGAACUGCUUGUAUUCCCAUAUAUCGAACGCGACUGCCCCGGGGCCGACAUGCCAAUCGUGCGCGUCUAGUGUCAUCGCCGCCUCCGCCCACAACAGGGUCCGGGGAGACCGAACGGCUGACUCAGUCUGCCGUACCAGUCAAUGAAGAUCUCCAAGAGAGGAUAUAUCGCCUAGAAGCCCUCAUCCAGGGCAUGAGUUCGACCGGGACGCCAUUGGCGAUUUCGCGGGGACAAUCUGCCCAUCCUGAUAAUACCACAUUCCCAUUGGAGCUGAUCGGUGCUCCCAUCUUGAAUAGUUCGACGGUUCCCAAACGCCUCAUGCUGCAACGUCCCGAUCAGUUCUGGGCAGACUUGGUGGAUGAAGUAGGAUCUACAAGAAUGGACCACGGAAAUGAAAAAUAUGCUGACGCGGACACGACACAGAUCCACGGCCUCCGCGACAUCGUUGAAUCGUCACUGGGUCAAGGAGAAGAAGGCCCGAUACCAUCUGACUCGGCCAAGAUCGAGCCGCCCGACGACAACGGGAUUCAGGUACUUGGGCUGGGGGCCAGCCAUCCACCCGCAGUUCCACGAUCCCUUCUUUCGUCGCAUGAUCCCGCAGUCCACCGCCAGCUGUGUGAGGUCUAUCUUCAACAGGUUGACCCGGUGAUCAAAAUCCUCCAUCGUCCGUCUCUGACCCAGUGGAUGGUCCACGGAGGACUAUAUCUGGCCUAUGCCCAGGGUCACCCAUCAGUGGAGGCGCUGGGUUCGGCUGUGUGCUACUCAGCCGUCAGCAGCAUGACUGAGAACCAGUGCUCAGCCAUGUUCCAGGCCAGAAAGCCGGAUCUGAUGGCCGAGUCUCGUAUGGCCUGCGAGACGGCAAUUGGGCGGGCAGGCCUACUCUCCACCCGUGAUGUUACCGUCCUGCAAGCAUUUAUCUUGUAUUUGGUGGCCAGGAGAUCAGAAGACCGCACUCAAGCCGUCUGGACCUUGAUCGCGGUGGCAGUACGAAUUGGCAAAAGCCUCGGUCUCUAUCUAGACCCUGAUACGGAGACAUUCUUCAAUCAGCAAAUGCGCAGGCGCCUCUGGUUUACCAUCUGCCUGAUGGACCUGCAGGCCUCAUUCUUCCAGGCGUCCGAACCCCUCAUUAGCGUUGAUGAGUCCUCGUCCACGGCCCUCCCACAACAUAUCAAUGACUCGGACUUCGAUCCCACCACUACGCACAAUGACCCAAACCGGGAGGGCCUCACAGAUACGACUUUUGCAUUGGUCACUUACCACGCCCAGCGGAUGGGACGUCUGCUCAACUUUGUCAGGCAGGAUCACAAGAUCGACCAGGGCGAGCCCCCUACCACAUCCUCCUCCUCCUCCUCCGCCGCCGCCGCCGCCGCCGCCGCCGCCUCAAUAUCCUCCCCCGCCGGUGCGACCCCAAUUGGCCACGGCAGCAGGCCCGGUGUUUUGAAGAGGAAGCGCUCCGCCUUCUUCAUUUCUGUGACCCUGAAGCUUCCGCCCCUCCGGCCUCUCCAGUGGCCCGGGCAGGCGCCGCCCCGUCGCCGGAAGGGCAACACUGAGCUUCUGCGCCUCUGCCUUCCGGUGUUGGAAAAAGCACAACUCAUGCACACAGACCCCCGUGCGGAGGGUUUCCGCUGGUAUGUGACCAUCCCCUGGCACGCGCUGGCCAUUGCUAUGGCCGAAUGUUAUGUGAGCAGCGACGCUGCCUUGGUGCAAAACGCCUGGCCGCUGGUCGAGUCGUCGUACCUGCAGUAUGAGGCGACUUCGGGCCGGUCCCACAGCGGCCACCUCGGACAACUCAUGCGGCGAAUGAGAGAAAAGCUGGCGCCGGCGGCACCAUGCCCAUCAGAUAGCCUCACAAGCUGCCGCUGGAGCCCGGCCACCCAUUCCGCGUUCCACCACGCCGGCGGAUCUCGGGGUGUCGUCACUCCUUCCAUUAUCGACCUGGGAGUCGCUAUCGCCGUCCUUGGAGAACACAUCGCUUUUUGCCGUGCCGCCGUCGAUGCCGGCCGCGGCGGACGGCUUGGAUUUGGGGUGGAGACGAUGUGGGAGGAAUUAUUCUCGGAAAUUCCGUUCAAUGAGGUCGCCGGUCCCGACGUGUUUUUCUUCGAAAAGAAUUUGGGCCUGAACUAG